UCGUCUUCACACACGGUGUCAAGAUGGAGUCUGUAUCAACCUUGGUCAGAGUUUCGUUGCCAACUUAUUUGAAAAACCUACCAAUACCAGACUCUUUUGGUGGUAUUGCAAAUUUGACGGGUCAAGACUGGCUUUCUCUGAUACCUUUUGUAGGAACUGUGUCGCUCAUAGUCUAUGUUACUGUACAAGCCUUCAAGCCCAAAGUAGAAAAGAAGAACUUCCCAGUUAACCUCAAGAUACAGAAGGAAAAUGCUAAAGUAGUCAAUAUGGUUGACAUUGAGGAUCUAGGGGACAAAGUCAGCUACUGUCGAUGCUGGCGCUCUAAAAAGUUCCCCCUCUGUGAUGGCAGCCACAACAAACACAACGAUGAAAUGGGUGAUAACGUUGGUCCCCUGGUGCUCAAGAGGAAGGAACCCUCAAAAUAGGGGUGUUUAGCAUAUCUGUCAAAGCCUCUAACAGCUGAUCAUGUCAGUGACAUAGAAAAGAGGAAUCUGUCUUGCAUUCAAUUAUUUUUAGCCACAGUAUCAUUUCUAGGAUAUAAACAAUUAUGCAGCUAGUUGAGCUUGGUUGCUUACAUGUUUGACAUGUUGAUUUAUUACCAGAUCAUAAUAUUUCACCUGUGCCUAGAUUAUAGGAUUAUGUGUAAUCAUUAUCUCUAAGUGUCAUGGAAAAUUUAAUGGUAAUGAGGCAACGAUUUAGAGGAUUACUUUUUUACACCUAAAUCUCAAAGCCCACAUAAUGAUAAUCAAAAAGAAUAUCAAGUAUGUUUGUCACAAUGAGCUUUUUGAACAAUUCUUUCAAUGGGCAGUUAUUUCUCUGGAACAUUCUAACUGUUUUGGGGCAUUCAACUUUUUUCCUUUUUUUUUUAAACGAUUUUAUUGUUCUGGGGGCAUUCAACUUUGUACUGUACCAGUGCUCUUCUAGUUCUACUCAAUUUUAUAGAGCAAAAAAACCAACUACAUUGUGCUUACAUUGAUGAUGAAAGCAUCCCAAUCUCAUUAACAUCAGACCUUUUACCGCACUACAAGGCACGAGGAGGAAACAUGAGGUGAACAUUUUAGCCAGCCAAUCACCAUUGAGGCUUCUUCAUUGUCACUAGGGGCGGUCGGGUAGCCUAGUGGUUAAAGCGUUCGCUCGUCACACCGAAGACCCAGGUUUGAUUCCCGACAUGGGUACAAUGUGUGAAGCUCAUUUACAGUGUCCCCUGCUGUGAUAUUGCUGGAAUAUUGCUAAAAGUGGGGUAAAAUAAAACUCAAUUACUAGCACUCACUCAUUGUCAGUACAAGUAUGCAAAGCCUGGCCAGCAUAUCUAAGUUCUGUUUCUCGAAAACAAACUAAAUCGACAACUACAAAAUAUAGAUAAACCAGGCCGCUCCAUUAUAUGAUACUAUAUGAACUCCAUGGUUUCUAAGAGCCAUGGUAUUGACACCCAAAAGAGUUUUCAUUUGUACAAAGCCAAAUCAUUUUUAGAAAGUUGACAUCUGAUUGGCUUAAGCAUUGUGCCUGAAAUUGUACCCAUUAUCCUUCAUGCAGAGAACGAUCAUAUCCAAGUAAAAGAUCUGAUUUUAAUGAGAUAGAAAAGCAUCCAAGCUUAAUUCUUGGGGAAACAAUCUCCUUCAAUACCAUAGUUCAAUGAUUUUGUCACAUUGAAUCACACAAGCAAGCCACUUGCUUUUAUGUCGGAUGAAACAAGAAAUGAUAAAAGAUGAGAAAAUAUGUACCCUGAUCAAUACUGAAUAUGUUCGGCAAGUACAAUUUAUCAUGGUUAUAUUUAUUAAACUCAUGUGGUAGACGUUUCUUAGUAUUUACCGGUACAUUAUAACUUGUAAUAUUAACAACUUGCAGCUUGCUCAAUAUUGGGCAAGAUUAGAUUAUCUACUCAUACCAAGUAAUUAUUCCAAUAAUAACUUAAAAGUAAAUUAUUCAACAGAUAUCUAUAUCUAUAUCAAUAUAAUCAGACGUCAAGUGUUACUAUUUAACACCCAAUGUAACAGAUCAACUUGUUCCCUUCAGCAUUUAUGUGAUACAUGAAUAUUGUUUAAAGGGGGACUAAGCUCAAUUAAUUGCCAGCCCCAGCAAAAUGUGUGAAGUCCCUUUAACAAGACUUUCUUGGCCUGCUAGUUCAAGGUUCUGCUUUGCCUAACUUCCCACAAACAAUAUCUCAGACUGACACAUGGUAUUAAUUACAAUGUCUAGAACUGGGCAGAAAAUGGACACCAGACAAUGGAACGUAGUCUCCCUUUAAUUUCAACAUGGAAAAUAAACUACCGGUACCCUAGAAAUUUUUAUUUCAAUAGAAAAUUUGUCUGAUACAUGGAAAUUUGUUACCCAUCAGGUGUGGAAACGGCAAAAUGCCUCUUGUCUUCAAACAGGAAAACUGUCAAGGGUACAUAUCUGGGUCAAUGGUUGCCUGUCUGGGAUUUCAUGGUGAAAGCAUUUUUCUGCAUCUGUUCCAUUCCAGGUUGUCUUUCUAAUCACAAGUUAGAAUGUUUUUACCAAACCGCAGACAUUAUUCAUAAUGCCAUACACAUGCAUUUACGUUAUAUUCUUUUAGUGGUCAAAAAAUCUCAACCGUUGCUGACAGUGAACAUGGUGAGAGGGUGCCACUGUCUGAAUAUGAUGAUGGUAAACCCUGUGAAAUACCAUUGUCUGUCAUGUUCAUCAUUAUUAGCUAAGCUGUCCAUUUACAAAUAAGAUCCAACACUCCACAUCCCUGACCAAGAGAUAAUAUAGUAUUUGUGUGAUCUCAUUCAGGUAUUAUUCUGCUUUAUUUUCUGUAGAAAUUAGCAUAUAUACAUCCAUAAUAACUAUUCAAAAGUAUCUCUGGUUCAAGUGUGAUAAAGGGGCACGGGUCGCCCAGUCUAAGGCGCCGCGAUUCGCUGUACAGAGUUGCGUCCCUUGGGCACGCGAGAAACCUAUGAUUGUGGGUUCGAAGCCCGGUUUGCCCCUAUUAUGUUUCUAGGUUUGUCAGCACCAUACCUGUGCUUGUGGGUUUCACCGAAGUGGUAAACGUCUGAGACCUACAUCACUUUGGGUUUUCCUCCCACAUUAAGCUGACACGCCGUGAUAUAACUGGAAUACUGUUAAAAGCGGUGUUAAACCCAACUCACUCACUCAAGUGUGAUAAGGGCAGUGGGGUAGCCAAGUGGUUUAAGCGGUGGCUCAUCACGCCGAUGGUGCAGUGUUUGAAGCCUGUUUCUUGUUUCCUGCCAUGUUAUGCCUGGAAAAUUGCAAAUGAAAAAGAGGCAUAAAACCACUCACUCAACAACCAUAUUGUUAUACUCUUUAUGUUGAUGAAAGAUAUGAUAUUUAUUAAAUAACAGCUGAUUAUCAGUUGAGUGAAUGUCUCCAAAUAACUUUUAUUAGUUAUUACAAUUGCCAGUAUGAAGGUCCUAAACAGGUAUAUGGAUUACAUUUCACUCACAUAAUGAGUAUUUCAACAUUUUUGAUUGGUGCUGUAAUUUGUAUUCAGUGAGGAAUGUGUUCAAGGAAUUGAGCAUAUUUGUGUUAUUUAGAAUUUUAUUGUGUUUGUUGUGUUUCCAUUUGCUUUUGUAAAAACACUGUCAAACAUUGUCCUGAUUCAGCAUUUAACAUCGUUGUUGUGUUUCUAAUUACCCUAAAUUUCCAAAUGGCCAGGUUCAUUAAGAAACAAACAAAUGUGCAACUGUGCUGGAGAACACCUGUAAAGUAGCCAUGUGUGGUAUGUGUUUACAUGUGUGCUUGUUGUUGAAUCACCUUCUACCACCCUACAACACAUUCGGGUUAAAACCUUGGAUUGGAAUCAGUCAGGCAAUUGGAACCAUGUGACUUUGUUUAGGCUCUAGAUAUCUAAUGCUUAUCAGGGCUGAUGUAUAUUUUUGAAUGUAGGUUCCAUUACAUCUGUGAUAAACAAUAACACCACAACAUGAAGGAGUACCAUGAUGACAAGGAAAUAGCUGAUACACUUGGCUGUGAAUAAGCGACUCUAUUUGGUUUCUGAGGGUCUAAGCAGUUUCCUUUGAGAACCUAACAUUUGCAGAAAUAAUGUAUAAUUACUGGCAUGACAUUACACUGUUGUAGAUAAUCACUGUGUUUGUGUCACUUGUAUGCACCGAUGAGAUAGCUAUUGACAUUUUGUCACUGAAAGGUGUACUGGUACUGGUUUAUACAAUCUGGUGUCAUAUAUGAAACUCUGACAAGGAUGUGUUUUCAAAAUAUUCAAAUAAACAAAGAGGUUGCUACCAUAGCAACAUCCAUCACCGAGAAAAGGGACGGUCGGGUGGCCUAGUGGUCAAAGCGUUCACUCGUCACGCCGAAGACAAGGGUUCAUUAACAACAAAGGUACAAUGUGUGAAGCCCAUUUCUGGUGUCCCCCGCCGUGAUAUUGCUGGAAUAUUGCUAAAAGCGGCGUAAAAUCAUGCUCACUCACUCACUUGCUGAGAAAACUUUAUUUGAACUUGUAUCACAGAUCUUUCAUUUUUCCAAACUUAGGAGAUGCAACAUAAUACAUGUUUGCACAUCCUACAAUAGAACAGACACAGAGAAAGUCCAGUGAAGUAUGCAGCAUGAAAUGUGGACCAGAUUCAUAAACAUUGCAACAAAAAUGUGCAUGUGCUAUCUGAAGGACAUCAAUUUUUAUAAGAUGCAUAAACAUUGCAACCAAAAAUCUCAUCUGCUGUAUGAAGGUCCUAUGUUUUGACCAGGAACAUAAACAUAACAAAAGCACAAGUGCUAUCUGCAUCAUAUGGAUGUGUUAAUACAUGCAUCUGUUACAGAACUUUCCAGCUGAGCAUGUAACCGUCUUCCAUGCAGCCAACAGUGUUGAACAAAUUGUAACUGUUCGGAUAACAUUUUUUUCUGGAGUGGAUAGUGUAUUUUUUUACAGAUGAAUGAUUUGUAAAUUUGUUGAUGACCGACUUUGCUGAGUGUUAGUUCUUGCACAUUGUGAGGGACAGAGUUGUUUUCAUUUGUUGUCUUGUUUUCUAACAAAGAAAUAAAUGUUUCAUAAUA